GUUCAGAAACAUGGCGCCAGCCAAAGUGGAAGACGACCCAGUCAUUGCCGAGUAUGAUGUCUUUCUCACUCCCGCGCUGCAGGAGCAGAUAUUGCUGCUGCAAUACCCCAAUCGCCCUCGAAAUCGACCCUACAACAAUCAAUUCGGCGCCAAGCCCCACGAUAUGCGCAUCAAACCCAGGUCGGGCUUCAUGGAGGUGGACGUGAAGCUGAAUACGUCCCACAAUUUCAAUAAAUACAACGGCCUCAAAUGGGGCGAUGCUACCGCUGCCUCCAAGCAACUUCACAAUGCAUCGGGCACCUACGGUCCCGCCGCUGGCCUCGCGCCCCCUCGCCAGCGAAAUACACGCCGGGAUGGUCCCUUGAAGGACAAUGCCCAGCGCGACCUCGACCUCGAAACGUCCCUUCAGUCCUUCCCAGAAGCCGAGUCCGAGCACAAAGUCCAUAACUACCAGACCCUAGGAGGCCAGAUCAUCUACCACAAAGACGAACUCGCUUUAGGCAAACCUCACUAUUUCGUCGGAGCUUUCCAAGGUUCCCAACUGCACCUCACCAAAAUUGACGGAACUGCUCAAAUGCGCCCCGUCUUCCACCAUCUCGAUGCGGAAGAAGAACGUGCUCGAAUCGUUGCUUCACGCGCUCAAGCAGAUGCGCAAUCAAAACCUCAGUCCGGCCCACAAAGUCUGCUACAGACUGCAGAAAGUGCAGGCAAGGAAAAGACGUUAGAAGAGAAGUUGAAGGGCAUUUUGAAGGAGGCGGAGCAGGAGAGGUGGAUUCGGUUGAACUACAUCGAUGACGAAGACCCCGUUGCGUAUGAAAACUUCGAGACCAAGCUGAAGAUUUCUGGGGAAAAUAUCGAAAAUGUGCCGCACUUGAAGAGUCAGAUGGAUAAUGACGCCUUUUUGGAUGCCAUCAGCUUGCCGAGGGAGGGAAGUCCGCAACGGAGGCGGAAGAGGGCUUCGAGGAGGAAGAAGCAGCAAGAUGGAACUGCCGUGGGGGCAGAGAUUGAUAUCUCGGAUGAGGAUGCUGAUGAUGAGAUGGUGUGAGAGUAGCUGGACCACCCACUCGACUGACACUGUAUCAGAUGACGGAAGAACCAACGCGGGCAUAUCCUCACGAGGCCGAAAGUCGUAUUGGGCUGGGCGUACGAGGAACAAUGGUCACGAAUACGCCUUGCAGACGCCCAAAGCCCUCGCUUAUGCUGCGAAGUCGUGGUAUGUCUUGGUCGCGAGGCGCAGCUACAUUCAGUAGCGUCAGCCAAGGCGGCAACAUUGGCUCCCCUGCAAUCGGUAUGUGCGGCAUCGCAGACCGAAAAACGUCUUGUCAAUUGCGGCUCUUGUAUCUGGUCUGGACCAUGAAGAAUAGGUGCCAGCACACGCGAUAUCCGCCACGUUGUUAACGCAUGUGUAUCGAGUCCAUGCGAUACGAAUAUGACGAUGUCUAAGACUGCCCCACAGGUCCUCACCGCAAAUCUCUAUCGACCUAACUUCAUCAGGAUCCUGAGCCUGUUGUACAGUAUCUCCACGUUGGCAUUGGUAACACCUUCCACAAAAAGGUUCGCCCAGCAAUAAGUCACGGCAGCUUGAAUCAAUAGUACUCAUCACAGUUACAAGAGCCUGAUACGCAAUGUAACUCUACAGAGCAACAGAGUAGGAAUGCCUAUAACACUCAGGAUGUGAAUGAGCAUAUUGCUCCAGAGGAGCAAUCAUAACACCCAGCUCCCAGCGAUCCGGCGCGCGGCGUUCCGGCGAGCAUGUGAAUGGUUCCGGGCGGAAUCGGCAUCCAUUGCACCACGCACUGCGGUGAGCGAAUGGGCCUGACGUGAGCUUCCAUCAUAGCUUGGAGGUUGGAUGCCGACAACUCUUGUAUAAGACUGUAUCUGCAC